AUGGACAAUCAUACCACAGUGAGCACAUUCCUUCUGUGGGGAUUUUCCAGUUUCCCAGACGGGCAAGAUCUCUCCUUCGUGAUGAUUUUCUUCUCCCAUGUGACCAUCCUAGUUGCAAAUGUGUCCAUAAUGGUGGCCAUCAAGCUCAGUCACAAUCUUCACACCCCCACGUACUUUUUCCUCUGUGGUUUGUCCUUUUCAGAAACCUGUACCACUAUGGUAAUCACCCCCCGCAUGCUAGUGGACUUGCUAUCAGAAAGCAAGACCAUUUCUCCUGAGCGUGGCACACAGAUGUGUUUCUUCUUUGGCUUGGGAGCUAACAGCUGCUUACUCUUGGCUGCCAUGUCCUAUGACCAUUACACUGCUAUUCACAACCCGCUGCACUACACCAUCUUGAUGACCCAAGAGAUCUGCUUCCAGCUCAUGACAGCUUCUUGUGUUACUGGGAUUGUGGUGUCACUGUGCAUUGUCCUUGUAGUAUUCAACUUGUCGUUCUGUGACUCCAGCACCGUCAAGCACUUUUUUGGUGACAUUACGUCUGUAGUCUCCCUUGCCUGGGAUUACACCUUUUUUCAGAAAAUGGUUCUUCUUGCCUUCUCUGCCUUUGUUUUGGUGGGGAGCUUUAUUUUCAUUAUGAUUUCCUGUGUCUUCAUUGGGUCCAUAGUCAUGACGAUGUCAUCUGCCCAGGGGAGGUAUAAGGCCUUCUCAGCUUGCUCCUUCCACCUCACUGUGGUGUGCAUACACUAUGGAUUUGCUGACUUUGUCUAUCUGAGACCCAAGGACAGUGACUCAUUCCGUGAAGAUAUGCUGAUGCCUGUGACAUAUACAGUACUGACACCUCUGCUUAAUCCCAUCGUUUACAGUCUAAGAAACAAAGAAAUGAAAAUAUCCCUAAAGAAAGUACUAGGCAAUAUAUGUAGGUUUUCCCCUAGAUGGUAA